GUUCAGGAGAGCUUGUCCAAAGGGCAGCAGGGGAAGGGCCAAACGAGGAGAGGGCACCAUGGACAGUGAACAGGGGCCUCCAGCCUCCAGUGCCAGCAGCACUGGGACCACUGCCUCCAGCACAAGUACCACCAGCAGCAGCAGUGCAGGGAGGCAGGCUGUGCCUCAGAUCUCUGUGUACAGCGGGAUUCCUGACAGGCAGACGGUUCAGGUAAACUUCAGGGUAAAAAAAAACAUGCCAGUCCAGUGUGACACACACAUUCAAAUGUUUUGCAUGAACUGUUUUGCCCAUUGCAUUCCCUGCAAUAAUACAAUUAUUGUCAUUACCCUACUGCCAUCUGCUGGUAAAACAUGCAUGUACCGUAAACCGCCCACAAUUGCACUUAGCUCACUACGGAAUUUACUGCAACGCUUAUAAUAAAUGAGACUAUUAUUACAUUUAGACAAAAGUGCAAUUUUAUAGUUUUAUCAUUGUUUAUUUGAUGUAGUACACUGGCAUCAUGCAAUCUGUCAAUACUAAUGACAGCUGAUGAGGGUUGCUAUGGUUCCAAGUUCCAGGCUCUGUCCUCUGCUAUUUGACCCUUGACCGAUGUGAAACCCAGCCUGAAUUUGACUCUGAGUUUUGAAGGGUGACAGACAGGUCCUAGGCCUCUUCUAUCCUUUACCCUUUCUCUCAUCUGCCCUUAGCAAGAGAACUAGCAACAUUGUCACUACUUGCCUACUCAACAUAGUGGACUCCUGGCCCUUUGUGCUCAAUAAGAGAGAAGUGAAUGGAUGUUUCCAUCACAAUCACUGCCCUCUUUGCCCCCUGGAGGCUUAGGUCAGAUGACCUCUAUUAGGCCAUGUGCCCCGUGUCAAUCCCUCUCUCCUGUUGCCUUAGCAACUGUGCUGAGGUUUUCAGUCAAUUUGAGUCAUGAAGAUUGAAUAAAGGAUGUGCACAGGGACCGAAGGACUUGGUAUAGGAUAAGAUCAUGUCCAUUACAAUGUGCCUACUCUCCCUAACAAGAGGAGCACAUUCCCACCCAAGGAAUCUCCCUACCUGCUUUUUAAUGGUUCGGUAAAAACAAUGCAAAUAAGAACUUAUUUUUUCCAAGUAUUACUCCAACCAUGUAAGUCCUUUUUAAAGCCUGUUGUUGAGAAUAUUACCCCAACCGCUAACCUGUCUUUUUCUCCCUGUGUACUGUAGGUGAUCCAGCAGGCGUUGCACCGGCAGCCCAACACGGCUGCGCAGUACCUGCAGCAGAUGUACGCAGCGCAGCAGCAGCACCUCAUGCUGCAGACAGCAGCCCUCCAGCAGCAGCAGCACCUGAGCAAUGCACAGCUCCAGAGCCUGGCUGCCGUACAGCAGGUGAGCACGGGAGACGCAAGGAACUGUUAAACUGGGAAAUGAAACGGGCCUCCAACAAGGCUGGGGGCUAGUGUUAGGGUUUUGACAAAGAUGAGCGAUAAGGCCAGUGUUGUGGUUAGGGUUCUGAAAGUUUGGUUGGUGAAUCGAACAGUUAUCUUCAGAUGAAGAGGAAUUUAAGUGUUGACCCCUACAUACUCCCCUAAUGGUUCGCACCUGUCAUGUCACAGGCCAGUAUUGCGGCAGGAAGGCAGAGCUCCACCCAAAAUGGCACUUCGUCCCAGCACACAGGAUCAUCCCAGACCACAGUGAGUGCAGUGAGUCAUGUCUAGUUACUAAGGGGUUGGGUUCUAAGAUGUGUAGUGUUUUUGUUGAUGUUUUGUAAUCCUCCCUGUCUUCUCUGUCCUAUCCCCAGAUUAACCUGACCACGUCCCCGGCUGCAGCCCAGCUGAUCAGCCGAGCCCAGAGUGUCAGCUCCGCACCUGCCGGCAGCAUCUCCCAGCAGGCCGUAAUCCUGGGAAGCCCAUCCAGCCCCACCACUCUCACUGCCAGUCAGGCUCAUAUGUACCUACGUGCCCAGAUGGUAAGCCCCCAGAAGCAUGCCCACUGGCACACAUACUAGCUAGCUCAGCCACACUUCUGGAGGCUUAGUGUGAUGAAGUGCAGUGUUUGGGAGUAGUGAACUACAUUUUGCAGGAGCCUGGUGGUAGUUGAACUAAAUUCAAAUCUUGGUAGUGUUUUCAGUAGUUAAUACAUUUUUUUUUGCGGUGUAGCUAACUACUGAAACUACACACUGCUACACAAAAUACGGGUGAAGUAGGCAAGGAUUUCCAUUGUUUCAACAUCAGACCUGCCUAAUUCUCACUUGAAACAGUUUUUGAGUUUAAUAGGUUGGCGGCACCUUAAUUUGUAAGGACGGGCUCGUGGUAAUGUCUGGAGUGGAAUCAGUGGAAUGGUAUAAAAACAUCAAACACAUGGUUUGAUGCCAUUCCAUUAGCUCUAUUCCAGCCAUUAUUAUGAGCUGCCCCCCCCCCCCCCCCCCCCCAGCAGCCUCCACUGCUCCAGAGUGAUCUGUUCUUGCAAUUUGUUGUCUGACAUUUCAUAUUUAGAUAAUAUAUCAUGAAGUAGUUUGGAUGUAGUGAACUACUUUUUCAAAGUAACUUUAGUUAAGUACACUUAUUUAUCUUAAGGGUAGCUUUAGUGUCGCUUACCUUCUUCCAAUAUGAAGUAAUUGGUUACUUAAUAAACUAUAUUUUCAGAGUAGCUUCCCCAACACUGAAGUGUUUGUGUGCUGUUUGUGUCUCCACUGUGUGUCAGCCUGCUGGAAGGAGUGUGAAAGAUGUGUUGUCCUGCAUCUCAAACUGAAUCAGUUCAGUCUGAUUAGAUGACAUUUUUUUCCCUUGAAGAUUUUUUGACACACUAUGCAUGGUAAGAGUGAGCGUGAGAGAUUGAAAGAAAGCGACAGAGAAAGAUCAGGUGUUUACAGUAUAAUUUGUCUCUACCCAAAACCAUGGAGGAAUUAUUUACAUAUACAGUAUCAGUCAAAAGUUUGGACACCUACUCAUUCAAGGGUGUUUCUUUAUUUUUACUAUUUUCUACAUUGUAGAAUAAUAGUGAAGACAUCAAAACUAUGAAAUAACACAUAUGGAAUCAUGUAGUAACCAAAAAAGUGUUAAACAAAUCAAAAUAUAUUUUAUAUUUGAGAUUCUUCAAAUAGCCACCUUGAUGACAGCUUUGCACACUCUUGGCAUUCUCUCAACCAGCUUCACCUGGAAUGCUUUUCCAACAAUCUUGAAGGAGUUCCCACAUAUGCUGAGCACUUGUUGGCUGCUUUUCCUUCACUCUGCCAUUCGACUCAUCCCAAACCAUCUCAAUUGGGUUGAGGUCGGGGGAUUGUGGAGGCCAGGUCAUCUGAUGCCUCACUCCAAUCACUCUCCUUCUUGGUCAAAUAGCCCUUACACAGCCUGGAGGUGUGUUGGGUCAUUGCCCUGUUGAAAAACAAAUGAUAGUCCCACUAAGCCCAAACCAGAUGGGAUGGCGUAUCGCUGCAGAAUGCUGUGGUAGCCAUGCUGGUUAAGUGUGCCUUGAAUUCUAAAUAAAUCACAGACAGUGUCACCAGCAAAGCACCCCCACACCAUAACACCUCCUCCAUGCUUUAUGGUGGGAACUUCACAUACGGAGAUCAUCCGUUCACCCACGCCGCGUUUCACAAAGACACGGUGGUUGAAACCAAAAAUCUCCUAUUUGGACUCCAGACCAAACUACACUUUUCCACCGGUCUAAUGUCCAUUGCUCAUGUUUCUUGGCCCAAGCAGGUCUCUUCUACUUAUUGGUGUCCUUUAGUAGUGGUUUCUUUGCAGCAAUUUGACCAUGAAGGCCUGAUUCACACAGUCCCCUCUGAACAGUUGAUGUUGAGAUGUGUCUGUUACUUGAGCUCUGUGAAGCGUCUAAUGAACUUAUCCUCUGCAGUGGCGGUCCUCGUGAGAGCCAGUUUCAUCAUAGCGCUUGAUGGUUUUUGCGACUGCACUUGAAGAAACUUUCAAAGUUCUUGAAAUGUUCCGCAUUGACUGACCUUCAUGUCUUAAAGUAAUGAUGGACUGUCGUUUCUCUUUGCUUAUUUGAGCUGUUUUUGCCAUAAUAUGGACUUGGUCUUUUACCAAAUAGGGCUAUCUUCUGUAUACCCCCCCUACCUUGUCACAACACAACUGAUUGGCUCAAACACAUUAAGAAGGAAAUAAAUUCCACAAAUUAACUUUUAAGAAGGCACACCUGUUAAUUGAAAUGCGUUCCAGGUGACUACCUCAUGAAGCUGGUUGAGAGAAUGCCAAGAGUGUGCAAAGCUGUCAUCAAGGCAAAGGGUGGCUAUUUGAAGAAUCUCAAGUAUAACAUAUAUUUUGAUUUGUUUAACACUUUUUUUGGUUACUACAUGAUUCCAUAUGUGUUAUUUCAUAGUUUUGAUGUUUUCACUAUUAUUCUACAAUGUAAAAAUAAAGAAAAACCCUUAAAUGAGUGUCCAAACCUUUGACUGGUAGUGUAUGUUGGUGUGUGAUUUUCAGGCACAGCAAAGUAACCUUGUGGAAGUAGCUAGGAGCUUAGGCCGUGCUGUUCCGUUGUCCUCCCAGCUCAUCUUCACGCCUACGGCCACAGUGGCUGCAGUCCAGUCUGAGACCUCCACGCAGUCCUCUGGACAACAGCACGCCUCCUCACAGGUACACUAUUAUUAUCUCAACUAUAAAGGCUAACGCCAUACACACAGAGCUGCUGUAGUAACCUGGAACUGCACUAGAGGGCAUAGAAGAUCAACACAAGUAACCAUAAUUCAGACAUUGGGGGUAUAGCCAAGGGUUAGUUAUCCAUCACUGCGACAGACUUCCAUCAUAUGGAUGAUGCAUGAGUUUUUUGUUUUGGGAGGGGGGGGGUUAUUAUUUUGGGUACAAAAAAAAAACACUCCAGGCCACACUCUAAAACUAGAUAGAAAGUAUGUAGAAACAAUAAUGGAACUCAAUAUUUCCGAAUCACAUUUUUCUGGCACGCAAAUCUUUUUUGACAAACAAAUCGGUCAUAAUAAAAUCUGUGUGGCCCUCCGUUGAAUUUUGAAAUCUAGAUGUGGCCCUCGAGCCAAAUAGUUUGCCCGUUGAUCUGACAUCGACUUAAGUUUCAGUCAUGGAUUUUUUGUUGUUGCUUUAAACCCUAGCUGUAGCUAAUAAUAAUAAUAAUAAUAAUAAUAAUAAUAAUAAUAAUAAUAUGCCAUUGCUGUGAUACCUAAUUUAAUCUAAAAUGUAUUUCACUAAUUCUGGUGAUGGCCUGUGGGUGGACCCUUGACUGUGGUGCUCCCCACCUCUCCUGCCCCAGGCCAUGUCUCAUUGCCUCCGGGACCUGACCUCUGUGUCUUUUCAGGUCCAGAACCUGGCUAUCCGUAGCCAGCAGGGGGCAACCACGUCCUCCUUUCAGACACACAGCCUGCAGGCCCUCAGCCUAAAGCAGAGCCCUGUCUCCAUCCAGCCCUCUCCUCUGAUCAAGAACCCCAGCCAGGGGAGCCAGGGCGCUGGGGGGAAGGGCAGUUGGCCCGACGGUCUCUUGGACGGGAGCAAGAAGGGGGAGAGCAUAGUGACGGAGGUGCGCGCUAUAAACAUGAGUCGCAGCGUCACAGCUGUGAGUGGACAGCCUCUCAUCACUCCAGGUAUGUAUCCAACCCUAACGUUAGCUAGCUUCUACACACAGGCUAGACUCCUAUAUUAGGAUUUCAUGAAGUUGACACCAUUGCACCCUUGGACAAUGUAGGCAUGUAUGCUCAAAUGAUGGAGAGUAUUCGAUUCAGUACUGGCUAUUGUGAGAAGGCAUGGGUUUUGCUGCACUCUAGAUGACACUGAAUAUUCUGCCCCUGUGACUUUUGAGUAAUUUAGUCUGGAACAUAAAUCAUGCCUCCAGUAGCCUGACAAACAGGGCAUUCCUCAUGCCUCUUCUGGAACACAACUACAUUUCAACCACCCUCAGCGGGUUGGAAGAAAUCGGAAACAUCUGGUUUUCAGGGAUAUACACUACCGGUCAAAAGUUUUAGAACACCUACUCAUUCAAGGGUUUUUCUUUAUUUUUACUAUUUUCUACAUUGUAGAAUAAUAGUGAAGACAACAAAACUAUGAAAUAACACAUAUGGAAUCAUGUAGUAACCAAAAAAGUGUUAAACAAAUGAGAUUCUUCAAAUAGCCACUCUUUGCUUUGAUUACAGCUUUGCACACUCUUGGCAUUCUCUCAACCAGCUUCAUGAGAUAGUCACCUGGAAUGCAUUUCAAUUAACAGGUGUGCCUUGUUAAAAGUUAAUUUGUGGGAUUUCUUUCCUUCUUAAUGCAUUUGAGCCAAUCAGUUGUGUUGUGACAAGGUAGGGGGGGUUAUACAGAAGAUAGCCCUAUUUGGUAAAAGACCAAGUCCAUAUUAUGGCAAGAACAGCUCAAAUAAGCAAAGAGAAACGACAGUCCAUCAUUACUUUAAGACAUGAAGGUCAGUCAAUGCGGAACAUUUCAAGAACUUUGAAAGUUUCUUCAAGUGCAGUCGCAAAAACCAUCAAGCGCUAUGAUGAAACUGGCUUUCAUGAGGACCGCCACAGGAAUGGAAGACCCAGAGUUACCUCUGCUGCAGAGGAUAAGUUCAUUAGAGUUACCAGCCUCAGAAAUUGCAGCCCAAAUAAAUGCUUCACAGAGUUCAAGUAACAGACACAUCUCAACAUCAACUGUUCAGAGGAGACUGUGUGAAUCAGGCCUCCAUGGUUGAAUUGCUGCAAAGAAACCACUACUAAAGGACACCAAUAAGAAGAAGACUUGCUCAAGAAACAUGAGCAAUGGACAUUAGACCAGUGGAAAUGUGUCCUUUGGUCUGGAGUCCAAAUUGGAGAUGUUUUGUUCUAACUGCCGUGUCUUUGUGAAACGCGGUGUGGGUAAACGGAUGAUCUCCGCAUGUGAAGUUCCCAUCUUAAAGCAUGGAGGAGGUGUUAUGGUGUGGGGGUGCUUUGCUGGUGACACUGUCUGUGAUUUAUUUAGAAUUCAAGGCACACUUAACCAGCAUGGCUACCACAGCAUUCUGCAGCGAUAUGCCAUCCCAUCUGGUUUGGGCUUAGUGGGACUAUCAUUUGUUUUUCAACAGGACAAUGACCCAACACACCUCCAGGCUGUGUAAGGGCUAUUUGACCAAGAAGGAGAGUGAUGGAGUGCUGCAUCAGAUGACCUGGCCUCCCACAAUCCCCCGACCUCAACCAAAUUGAGAUGGUUUGGGAUGAGUUGGACCAUAUAGUGAAGGAAAAGCAGCCAACAAGUGCACAGCAUAUGUGGGAACUCCUUCAAGACUGUUGAAAAAGCAUUCCAGGUGAAGCUGGUUGAGAGAAUGCCAAAAGUGUGAAAAGAUGUCAUCAAGACUAAGGGUGGCUAUUUGAAGAAUCUCUAAAAUAUAUUUUGAUUUGUUUAACACUUUUUUUGGUUACUACAUGAUUCCAUAUGUGUCAUUUAAUAGUUUUGAUGUCUUCACUAUUGUUCUACAAUGUAGAAAAUGGUAAAAAUAAAGAAAAACCCUUGAAUGAGUUGGUGUUCUAAAAUGUUUGACCGGUAGUGUAGUAUCUUCAACCUAGCUUCCUUUUCCCCUGAACCGGAUAGGGGGCCCCCACUCAGUCGCUUCUUUUACACCUGUUAUGUUAGGUUACAUUUCAACCAGUCAAAUCAUGUUACCAGUGUUGCUACUUCCUGAGUUUGCUGCUUUUGGAAACGUGCCCCUAUGUUUACAGUAAACUAAGAAUAGAGAGCUGUAAAAAUCUACUUGUUGUUUUGAUAGCUUUCUCUACUGUAUGCAGGGGUUGAGUUCUCAGUCACUGCGAUGGAUUUCUGUCAUAUAGAUAAAAAAUAAAAAUAAAUUGUACUGGAACUUCAAAAUUAACCUCUUUCCCUACAAGCAUGAUGGUCAUUACUUUUUUUUUACAUGAAAUGGGAGGUUAACUUGGCCCCGCAGACAAUCGAUCUGAGAUCGACUUAAGUUUCAGUCAUUGGAUUUUUCUCCUUUUUUAAACCACUGUAUUCACUACUACAGGGGAGAACAUGGGCUCUGCAUCUAGAAUAGUCAAGCUGAUUUUUCUAUAUGAAACCAUGGAGGGCUCUGUGCCACAGAUGAGUUUUUCUAGACCACUUAUUGUGUGAUCAGCAGCUGGAUGGUUUUGUCACAGAGAAUGGCUUCAUCUAUGCCAGCAGUUGAACAGACCAACUCUGACUGUGUGUGAGAGUGCGUGUGUGUGCUAAGCACUGCAUGGGUUGUGUGUUGUGCCAGACUGGAUGGAUUAGCUGAGCAUGCGACUGCACAACUGUGUCUGUCUCACUUUGUUUAAGUAAUGGAUUUAGAUUAAAUGAAUGGGAGGAUAAAUCUGAAAACCUUACCUAAACUCAUAAAAUGUACAUUGGUUGCCACGGUAGUGGCGAUGGGGGACAGACAGGUGUGCCCUGGACAUGUGCGAAGCACUCUGUCAGUUCAGUGGAUUACACUAGCGGGAGAUGGAGUAGCAGCUGUGGUGGCUGACUGGGUUUAUGGUUGGAAAGGGGCUUCCACUGAUUCUAUGUGCACUGUCAUCCACUGGGUCAUUCAUUAUGCACGUUGAUUCCUUACAGGACUCUACUCUGUCAGGCAACAGAAUGUUGUAAUUUUGAAGAAGGAAAUACUUGAAUAAAACAAUUCCAAUCAACACCUCAAUAAUAAUAAUAGGCUACAUAACAAAUGUCUCAUGUAGUUUUAUUUUCGACAUAUGAGAGAACACUGCCACAGGAAUAGGCCUAGUUAAUUGUUGUCGUCUAUUUUAGUACUGUGUAGUAAUUGAGCCUCCGAGACAAGUAGAGAGCAGAUCUUGUGGGAGCAGCCGUGUGUCUGCUUCUCCAACCACAGACGGGCUGAUUUUUUUCCUUGAAUGGGGAUCGGCUGGAAGCAGCUGUUCUGCAGUUGAGUUCAUUGUGUACUUUUAGUCUUUUCAUCACCUCCUCCUUGACAGACAAGCUCUCCAAGCACCCUACUACUAAACCCUCAGAACAGCACCAAAGCCCACAAAGACCACCUUGCAGACUAACAGUCUCCUUCUAUGCCCCUGCUAACUGCACAGUGGUUUUCUGUUUUGUUUUGUCUAAUAUUUUUCCAAACAUGGCGUCCAGUUUCGUAAGCCUAAAAGUAUCUCCCCAUUCUGUUACUUAAUCAAGCCAUUGUAUGCUUCCAUGUGCACAUACAUAGUAGCUCCAUUGCAAGUACUUAAAACACACAUAGUAUUGAUAUGUUUGACGUAGGUUUUCUUCUCAAGCUACAUGUAAUUGCCAAAAUAAAGGAAACACCAACAGUGUCUCAAUAGGGUGUUGGGCCACGACGAGCCGACAGCUUCAAUGCACCUUGGCAUAGAUUCUACAAGUGUCUGGAACUCUAUUGGAGGGGGAUGCGACACCAUUCUUCUGAGAAAUUCCAUCAUUUGGUGUUUUUGUUGAUGGUGGUGGAAAAACGGUAUCUGAGGCGCCACUCCAGAAUCUCCCAUAAGUGUUCAAUUGGGUUGAGAUCUGGUGACUGAGACACAUACACACACCCUUUAAACCCUGUAUGCUCCUUUGACACCCCUCUUUCAAAGUCACGGAGAUCUCUUCUUCUAACCAUGGUAGCCAAACCAUGGUAGCCAAAAUAAGUACAAGAAGUCCCGCUAUGACCUCCAAAGUCAUCAAAAGGACAAUAUAGGACAAUGCGCCCCCAUCCACAUUGACUGGGCAGCAGUGGAGCAGGUCGAGAGCUUCAAGUUCCUCAGUGUCCAAAUCACUAAAGACUUAAAAUGGUCCAAACACACACGCACAGUGCCUCUUGCCCCUCAGGAGGUUGAAAAAGUUUGGCAUGGGCCCUCAAAUCCUCAAAAGGUUCUACAGCUGUACCACUGAGACCAUAUUGACAGCACUGCUUGGUAUGGCAAUAGCACCGCCCUCAAUCGCAUGGCGCUACAGAGGGUUGUGCGGACAGCCCAGUACAUCACUGGGGCCGAGCUCCCUGCCAUCUAGGACCUCUAUAUCAGGCGGUGUGAAAAGAAGGCCCUGAAAAUCAUCAAAGACUCCAACCAUCCAAGCCAUAGACUAGGUUCUCUGCUGCAGCACAGCAAGAGGUACUGGUGCAUCAAGUCUUAUACCAACAGGCUCUUGAACAGCUUCUAUCCCCAAGCAAUACAGUUGAUGAAUAGCUAACAAAAUAGCUACACAGACUAUCUGAGUUAACCUUAUAUCUUUAUUGACCUUUUAUUUCAAUCUUUGCAUAGACACACUCACUGGGCCCAACACACUCACUCACUCCAUUUUCUCACUCACACAUAAUAUGCACAUGCAUUCGGGAAGUAUUCAGACCCCUUCACAUUUUGUUACGUUACAGCCUUAUUCUAAAAUUGAUUAAAUUAUUUUUUCCCCUCAUCAAUCUACACACAAUACCCCAUAAUGACAAAGCAAAAACUGGUUUUUAGAAGAAAAAAAAAAUGAAGAAAAAAAUGUAGACCCUUUGCUAUGAGACUCAAAAUUGAGCUCAGGUGCAUCCUGUUUCCAUUGAUCAUCCAUUGAAAGUCUUCAGACUCCUUACAUUUUUUCACAUUACAGCCUUAUUCUAAAAUUGAUUAAAUUAGUUUAAAUUAGGAAAAGAAACAAUCUACACACAAUAAUACCUCAUGACAAAGCAAAAACAGGUUUCUAGACAUUUUUGCAAAUGUAUUACAAAUAAAAAUCUGAAAUGUAACAUUUACAUAAGUAUUCAGAUCCUUUACUCAGUACUUUGUUGAAGCACCUUUGGCAGCAAUUACAGCCUUGAGUCUUCUUGGGUAUGACGCUACAAGCUUGGCACACCUGUAUUUGGGGAGUUUCUCCCAUUGUUCUCUGCAUAUCCUCUCAAGCUCUGUCAGGUUGGAUGGGAAGCAUCUCUGCACAGCUAUUUUCAGGUCUCUCCAGAGAUGUUCGAUCAGGUUCAAGUCCGGGCUCUGGCUGGGCCUCUCAAGGACAUUGAGACUUGUCCCGAAGCCACUCCUGCAUUGUCUUGGCGUUUGCUUGGGGUCAUUGUCCUGUUGGAAGGUGAACCUUCACCCCAGUCUGAGGUCCUGAGCGCUCUGGAGCAGGUUUUCAUCAAGGAUCUCUCUGUAAUUUGCUCUGUUCAUCUUUCCCUCAAUCCUGACCUGUCUCCCAGUCCCUGCCGCUGAAAAACAUUCCCACAGCAUGAUGCUGCCACCACCAUGCUUCACCGUAGGGAUGGUGCCAGGUUUCCUCCAGAUGUGGCGCUUGGCAUUCAGGCCAAAGAGUUGAAUCUUGGUUUCAUCACACCAGAGAAUCUUGUUUCUCAUGGUCUGAGAGUCCUUUAGGUGCCUUUUGGCAAACUCCAAGCGGGCUGUUGUGCCUUUUACUGAAGAGUGGCUUCCGUCUGGCCACUCUACCAUAAAGGGCCUGAUUGGUGGAGUGCUGCAGAGAUGGUUGUCCUUCUGGAAGGUUCUCUCAUCUCCACAGAGGAACUCUGGAGCUCUGUCAGUGACCAUCGCAUUCUUGGUCACCUUCCUGACCAAGGCCCUUCUCGCCCGAUUGCUCAGUUUGUCCAGGCGGCCAGCUCUAGGAAGAUUCUUGGUGGUUCCAAACUUCUUCCAUUUAAGAAUGAUGGAGGCCACUGUGUUCUUGGACCUUCAAUGGUGCAGACAUUUUUUGUUUAGUCUCUUAGCUCUAUGGACAUUUCCUUCAACCUCAUGGCUUGGUUUUUGCUCUGACAUGCACUGUCAACUGUGGGACCAUUUAUAUAGACAGGUGUGUGCCUUUCCAAAUCAUGUCCAAUCAAUUGAAUUUACCACAGGUGGACUCCAAGUUGUAGAAACAUCUCAAGGAUGAUCAAUGGAAACAGGAUGCACCUGAGCUCAAUUUCGAGUCUCAUAGCAAAGGGUCUGAAUACUUAUGUAAAUAAGGUAUUUCUGUUGUUUAUUUUUAAUACAUUUGCAAAAAUGUCUAAACCUGUUUUCGCUUUGUCAUUAUGGGGUAUUGUGUCGAUUGAGGAAAGAAAUAAUUAAUCAAUUUUAGAAUAAGGCUGUAACGUAAUAAUGUGCAAAAGGGGAAGGGGUCUGAAUACUUUCCGAAUGCAGUGUACCUGUUAAGAUAUGUAUGAAGUGAUUUACAGCGACGUGUGGGUGAGGUUUCUAAUCUAAAGCAGCAGUAGUAGUAGAUUGUAGAAACUCAGGGAUUUUCCAGGGUCUGCUAUUGAAAUCCCAUAGGGAAUGUGCACGUGUCCUUUCCUCUAGACAUUCUGAAACAACACACAGGUAUGGGGGAGGGUACCUUAUUAGGGCCAUGGGGCGAGGCCUUAAACCCAAGGCCUUGAGGGACAAAAAGCAUUUAAAUGAAUCCCCCUUCCUCUCCGUCCAAGACCUUUCUCUGUUACUCAUUACAGUGCUUGAGAAAGCUGUCGAGCAGGACUUUGAGUGUUGUUUCUUGUAUCCGGUGUGCAGUCGUUCGGAAAUCCACUCAUCUGUUCAUACAAGUGCUAGGCCUAUCUGCUGAAUUGAUAGCCGUUAUUAUACAGCCUCUGUUUUCCAUUUAACCUUAGUGAGGGCUGGGUGGUAGGUAGGCCUUUACUGUGUUAUCAUGUAAUUGAGAGUAUCCGUCCAAGGCUUUUAUAGUGCUACUUUCUGAGAGAUGUGUCGGUCUUCACCCUGUACUUAGUGAAACCAUAGCUAACCACAUGCUGUGGGUUUCAUAGAGUUUUGCCACGUGAAAAUCAAACACUUUCCAGAAGAUCCUGUGGUAUAAAUGACUAAUGACAUGAAACUCUGCCGGAUGGAAACGUCUCUAUUUUCACAGCAGGGUAGAGACUGUGGUUACUGCGAAACAGAGGAACAUUCAUACCAGAUGGAGCCUAUCCCACACAAAAUAUACUAAAAAGGGGGGCUAGGGAGGAACCCUAAUAUCUUUGGCAUCAAUCCUUCAUAAUCAAAAGAGAUCCACAAAGGUAAAUGUUAGACACCUCAGACACUGUUAGUUUACUAAGAUAAUCUGAGCUAUUGGGAAGCUACUGUAAGACCCCAGGGCUUACUCCUGAGACAAACCGGUUAAUAGCUCCUAGGAGAGAUGAUUCAUGAGAACCCUUUCUCUAUAUUUCAGUAAUGAUGAGGGCCAGAUCCAACCUCAUUGUUUCCUUGGGAGAGUUGUUUGGGCAACUGAAGGCUUUGGGGAUUGACUCACAGAUGACUACAUACAGCAUGUCAUGGAGCAUUGGCUUCUUCUUAUUUCCCUCUGGCUUUCCUCCUGCAUAUGUCUGGCCCAGGGCUACUCUGUCUGUUGCUGUGUAGAGCCCUUUUCACUAAACGACAGUACAAUACAUGAUUGAUGAGUUGUGUCCCUGGGUUCUGGGAAGUUAAGUCCUCAGGUUGUCAUUUUGUCAGCAGAAGCCCUGUCAGGUGAUGACAGACCCUUUGGAGACAUUAGUAAGUAAUGGCUGGUCAAAAGCUUGACAAGGGUUUAGGGCAAGUCUGUCGUGUGCUUUUCAAAAAGGUAUUUCGUCAACAAUAGGCGUACUGGCAAAGAAGAGCACUUUAUUUUUAUUUUUGUGAGGGUAGAGUCGAUUUUUCCUUUUGUGUGCAUUUACUGACUUAACUAUCAGAUAUUUUAUGUAUCCUAAUUCUCAAUUCUUGUUCCAGCAUACACCCAGAUCCAGCCCCAUUCCCUGGUCCAGCAGCACAAGCAGCAGCAGUUUGUGAUCCAGCAGACCCAGGCUUCCCAGAGGACCCAGGGCCAGCUACUGCAGACUGCCUCCAUCCAGCCCCACCUGCAGACUCCCUCCCUGGUCCCCCAUUCCCCUAGCCAGCCAGGCCCUAUCCCUGUGCUGCCCAAGCCCGCCUCUCACCACCAGCCCUCUACACCCAGCCAGCAGGCAACCAUCUUUCACUCCACCAUCAGCCCACAUGCUCUCCACUCCACCCUGAGCCAAGCCAAAGCCCAGCCAGUACAACUCACAGCCAUUAACCUCCAGAUACAACCAGCGCCCUCACAGGUGAGUACACAGCAGUCACAAACAGAAGUAUGGAAAUGGGAGAGGAUUACUCUGUAACAAUGUACAAUGUGUCAGUAAACCUAAAAUAUAUCAAUAAUCUCUAGUCAUUAGUCAAAUAUUAUGUUUCACUAACUCUCUCUCCCUCUUCCCUAUAUUCUAUUAUGGACUCCCAGGCUUCUCGAUUAGUCCAGGACAGUAAAGGACAGGACAAGCCCACGUCAUCGGUGGUCAGAGAGCGCUGCCCGACUCCCAGUGUACAGCAGCAGUCUACCCCAUCUAACCCGUCUCCACCACAAGCCACCAAGCCAACAGCGCAGCCCAAGACUGAUCCAGUCACACCCAUCAGCCAACCACAAGGUAGCAGGAUAUUUGGUUUUAAUUAUUCAUCUUAACAAGCUUUUAUCACCCCUUCUCUUAGUUAUAUUGCCUAGAGGCAGGACUGUAACUGGGGGUCUAUUGUUGUCAUAUCAUAUUUACAACCAAUUACAACUUUGGAAAACCAGAUCAAAGAUAAGCCGCUCUGCCUUGUUCUGUUCUGUUCUGCUCUCCAGGGGCCUCGUUUAUCAAAGGUGCGUGUACACAAAAAAGACUCUAAACCUUGCGUGCGCCAGUUUUCCCGCAAAGGUUGGUAUUUAUCCAUUUUGAACUUGAAAAGAAAGUGUGUGCAUCACGUACAGGUCAGACCAUGCAUACGCACAACUUCUAGUGGUUGAUCAAUUAUAUUGCAAGCAAAUAUUGUUAUUCUGGGGAAAAUUUGAGUUUGAUGCACAGGAAUUAUAAUAAUGGUGGGCUAAUAAAAACAUUUAAAACGUAAUGAUAAAACCGAUGCAUUUGCUGUUGGUAAGGAGAUCACAUAGCAGCAUACAGCCUAAUAUGUUUCUUUGACUUUAAUUGUAAACAGCAAAAAAAGAAACGUCCCUUUUUCAGGACCCUGUCUUUCAAAGAUAAUUCGUAAAAAUCCAAAUAACUUCACAGAUCUUCAUUGUAAAGGGUUUAAACACUGUUUCCCAUGCUUGUUCAAUUAACCAUAAACAAUUAAUGAACAUGCACCUGUGGAACGGUCGUUAAGACACUAACAGCUUACAGACGGUAGGCAAUUAAGGUCACAGUUAUGAAAACUUAGGACACUAAAGAGGCCUUUCUACUGACUCUGAAAAACACCAAAGGAAAGAUGCCCAGGGUCCCUGCUCAUCUGCACGAACGUGCCUUAGGCAUGCUGCAAGGAGGCAUGAGGACUGCAGAUGUGGCCAGGGCAAUAAAUUGCAAUGUCCGUACUGUGAGACACCUAAGACAGCGCUACAGGGAGACAGGACGGACAGCUGAUCAUCCUCGCCGUGGCAGACCACGUGUAACAACACCUGCACAGGAUCGGUACAUCCGAACAUCACAUCUGCGGGACAGGUACAGGAAGGCAACAACAACUGCCCGAGUUACACCAGGAACGCACAAUCCCUCCAUCAGUGCUCAGACUGUCCGCAAUAGGCUGAGAGAGGCUGGACUGAGGGCUUGUAGGCCUGUUGUAAGGCAGGUCCUCACCAGACAUCACCGGCAACAACGUCGCCUAUGGGCACAAACCCACCGUCGCUGGACCAGACAGGACUGGCAAAAAGUGCUCUUCACUGACGAGUCGCGGUUUUGUCUCAGCAGGGGUGAUGGUCGGAUUUGCGUUUAUCGUCGAAGGAAUGAGCGUUACACCGAGGCCUAUACUCUGGAGCGGGAUCGAUUUGGAGGUGGAGGGUCCGUCAUGGUCUGGGGCGGUGUGUCACAGCAUCAUCGGAUUGAGCUUGUUGUCAUUGCAGGCAAUCUCAACGCUGUGCGUUACAGGGAAGACAUCCUCCUCCCUCAUGUGGUACCCUUCCUGCAGGCUCAUCCUGACAUGACCCUCCAGCAUGACAAUGCCACCAGCCAUACUGCUCAUUCUGUGCGUGAUUUCCUGCAAGACCGCAAUGUCAGUGUUCUACCAUGGCCAGCGAAGAGCCCGUAUCUCAAGCCCAUUGAGCACGUCUGGGACCUGUUGGAUCGGAGGGUGAGGGCUAGGGCCAUUCCUCCCAGAAAUGUCUGGGAACUUGCAGGUGCCUUGGUGGUAGAGUGGGGUAACAUCUCACAGCAAGAACUGGCAAAUCUGGUGCAGUCCAUGAGGAGGACAUGCACUGCAGUACUUAAUGCAGCUGGUGGCCACACCAGAUACUGACUGUUCCUUUUGAUUUUGAACCCCCCCCCCCCCCCCCCCCCCCCCCCCCCUUUGUUCAGGGACACAUUGUUCAAUUUCUGUUAGUCACAUGUCUGUGGAACUUGUUCAGUUUGUCUCAGUUGUUGAAUCUUGUUAUGUUCAUACAAAUAUUUACACAUGUUAAGUUUGCUGAAAAUAAACGCAGUUGACAGUGAGAGGACGUUUCUUUUUUUUCUGAGUUUAUAUGCCUAAAUCAUAAUCAUAUUUUCUGACAUGACUGGUUUAUUCCUGCUACACAACAAUUCUUAGCCUACCAUUUAUCCAUCGCUCAUUCAAUAGCCAAGCAUGCUCGAAAGUAAAUAGACUGGUAGCCUAUUUAAAAUAUUUGACAGUAUGGAUAGGCUACAGUAUUGCUGUGUGGUAGGAGUGCAACAUCAUAGCCUAUUGAAACUCAGCGCCUAUAACAAGGCAUGAGAUAAAAACACAAUCUAUUGAACCAUAAUUUGUCUUUUUUGCAUAGAAGUGUGGCCUGUAGCAUUCAGCCUACUUUUAAAUUGUUCGAAUAGACAAUCAAUCUUGCGGGAUGCGCGGCUAGUGUUUAUUUGGGACUCGCUGUAUAGGCGGCAGGCAUUUCUUGUUUGAAAAAGUCACUGCAAAAGAUUUAAAACAUUUUGCCCACACCUCCACAGAUGUGAUCAAAUUUGCCUUUGCACUUUCUUUUAGAAACUGACAUGGCCCAGUUCCAACAUUUCCAAAUUAUACAGCAAAUUAGGGAAUUUUUUUUUUCCAUAAAAGGUGAAUGAAGGGAGUUUUCCAGGCAGGGUUGUAGCGCUCGUGUAUACAGUGGGGGGAAAAAGUAUUUAGUCAGCCACCAAUUGUGCAAGUUCUCCCACUUAAAAAGAUGAGAGGCCUGUAAUAUUCAUCAUAGGUACAUGUCAACUAUGACAGACAAAUUGAGAAUUUUUUCCAGAAAAUCACAUUGUAGGAUUUUUAAUGAAUUUAUUUGCAAAUUAUGGUGGAAAAUAAGUAUUUGGUCACCUACAAACAAGCAAGAUUUCUGGCUCUCACAGACCUGUAACUUCUUCUUUAAGAGGCUCCUCUGUCCUCCACUCGUUACCUGUAUUAAUGGCACCUGUUUGAACUUGUUAUCAGUAUAAAAGACACCUGUCCACAACCUCAAACAGUCACACUCCAAACUCCACUAUGGCCAAGACCAAAGAGCUGUCAAAGGACACCAGAAACAAAAUUGUAGACCUGCACCAGGCUGGCAAGACUGAAUCUGCAAUAGGUAAGCAGCUUGGUUUGAAGAAAUCAACUGUGGGAGCAAUUAUUAGGAAAUGGAAGACAUACAAGACCACUAAUAAUCUCCCUCGAUCUGGGGCUCCACGCAAGAUCUCACCCCGUGGGGUCAAAAUGAUCACAAGAACGGUGAGCAAAAAUCCCAGAACCACACGGGGGGACCUAGUGAAUGACCUGCAGAGAGCUGGGACCAAAGUAACAAAGCCUACCAUCAGUAACACACUACGCUGCCAGGGACUCAAAUCCUGCAGUGCCAGACGUGUCCCCCUGCUUAAGCCAGUACAUGUCCAGGCCCGUCUGAAGUUUGCUAGAGUGCAUUUGGAUGAUCCAGAAGAGGAUUGGGAGAAUGUCAUAUGGUCAGAUGAAACCAAAAUAUAACUUUUUGGUAAAAACUCAACUCGUCGUGUUUGGAGGACAAAGAAUGCUGAGUUGCAUCCAAAGAACACCAUACCUACUGUGAAGCAUGAGGGUGGAAACAUCAUGCUUUGGGGCUGUUUUUCUGCAAAGUGACCAGGACGACUGAUCCGUGUAAAGGAAAGAAUGAAUGGGGCCAUGUAUCGUGAGAUUUUGAGUGAAAACCUCCUUCCAUCAGCAAGGGCAUUGAAGAUGAAACGUGGCUGGGUCUUUCAGCAUGACAAUGAUCCCAAACACACCGCCCGGGCAACGAAGGAGUGGCUUUGUAAGAAGCAUUUCAAGGUCCUGGAGUGGCCUAGCCAGUCUCCAGAUCUCAACCCCAUAGAAAAUCUUUGGAGGGAGUUGAAAGUCUGUGUUGCCCAGCGACAGCCCCAAAACAUCACUGCUCUAGAGGAGAUCUGCAUGGAGGAAUGGGCCAAAAUACCAGCAACAGUGUGUGAAAACCUUGUGAAGACUUACAGAAAACGUUUGACCUGUGUCAUUGCCAACAAAGGGUAUAUAACAAAGUAUUGAGAAACUUUUGUUAUUGACCAAAUACUUAUUUUCCACCAUAAUUUGCAAAUAAAUUCAUUAAAAAUCCUACAAUGUGAUUUUCUGGAAAAAAUUCUCAAUUUGUCUGUCAUAGUUGACAUGUACCUAUGAUGAAUAUUACAGGCCUCUCAUCUUUUUAAGUGGGAGAACUUGCACAAUUGGUGGCUGACUAAAUACUUUUUUCCCCCACUGUAUGUUGUGUGUGUGUGUGUGACAGUUUGAUAAAUCCCAAUAAUGUUUUGCACACGCAAAUCCUAGAAUCUCCACAUACGCCAGAAUUUAGUAAGACAUUUCCACACAGUUGAUAAAUAAUGCCCCAGGUGGGGAGGCAGAUCUGUUGUCUUACUUUUUUUAUUGUCAGCUGUGUGCUUGUGGAUUUGGUCAGGGUGAGGAAUCUUGUCUGGUUAUCCCCAAUGGAACCAUUGAGGAGCAGUGAACAGUGUUCCUGUCAGGGGAAGUCAAAUUUGUCAUGGACAGGAAAAUAUUGUGCUUUAAACUUUUACUCAAAUGGAAAAUGUGUUUUAUGAUGGUAGUCUUACACUCUCGCUCAUUCAAAAUGCUGAACAUGCAGAUCAUAUUAAGAGGUUUCAUUUUUAUUGUUACUGUUCUUAUAAAAGUGAAAUAUGUAAAGCCACAAGGCUCUUUUUUUAUGACCAGUGCUUGGGUGUGAAUGCAUAGUCGCGGUGCUCCGCUUGCCACUGAGAUUCAAAAUAAACAGAAAGGGUCAACUUUGAUGUCUAAAAAUAGAGAGGCAGGCCUGCAGGACCUCUGGCUCUUGCUUGGACCAGAUUGCAACACAUUCAGAGCCUGCUGAGUGUUUGAACAUAACCCAAAGUUGCAGAAUAGCCAACUGCUCCUGGUUUUAAUGGAGUCCCUGGUAUUUAUUGUGCUUACUUAAACCAUAUUUGGUGCAGUAUUCUGUAGUAUGUUACCUUAUAAAGAUAAUUUAAGGUUUAUUUUGCAAUUGUGGAAUUUUAUGCUACGUUGGGUCACUGGACCUGCAUUUGUAUAAAGACUAAAGAGUGGUUCCUGUAUGUCAAUAGUUGCUCAGAUAGACUUGAGCCCUGUGCAUUUGCAGGGCUGAGAUUAUGGACAUGAGAAGAGCCAGAAAUGUGUCAGUCAACAUGAGUGAAGUGUUUUUAUUUUCAUCUGUGGAGUAUAAACGCAGAGUACAUGUCUAUUAAGGAAAAUGAGAGGGCGGUACCUUAUUGAAGUAUUUCAUUAUUCUAUGCUGCCCGCCUCUUACCAUUGGUGCAGGGCUGGAUCGAGCGAGCGUCUCUGCUCUGUAUUGCGUGCUUUGUAGGACAGUUGACUCUAGUCAACUAUAGCUUUCAAAGAGAGAGGCAGGCGAUAGCGCGUGCUUGUGUAUUGAAUCGGAUAAAAGCGCAUAUGAAGCGGCAGGAAGAAUUUUGGUGAGCCAAUUCUUAUUUCCCUUUUGAAAUGGAACAGUUGUUGAACUUUAUCAUUACUUUGAAGGUUUGUAACAUUGUUGCAAACAGCCUCGGAAGCGUUUGCUGUUUUCAUGCGUAGGCUACUACUCGAUUACGGUAGCCAUACUUGUAUCUAUGCUUUGGAAAUUACAAACAAGUGGUCGAUCUGUCAAUUACGAGUGCGCCUUUUUGGAAUCUAAUUACUUUUGACAGCCGUUUUUCAUUUAAUAUUUAGAUAUCGUGAUCAAUUUACAUCAGCAACUAAUGCGCAUCUAGUGAGUGGCAUUACAAACGCUUGGUAAUGGAGUGGGCCCGUUGCACAUUAUUUGGCAGGUGGAUGAUCGAUAUAUGAUGUAAAUUUACUUCAGUACUUGAAUGACUAGAGUAGACCAUAGUAGUACACAUUGUGAAAUAAUAUUUUAUUUAUUAAGUGAAAUGAAUCAAUUCUAAAACAUUGAGUACACAUGUGGGCCAGAUCAUUGAAUGAUGCAAUGAGUUAUCUACUGCUUUAAUUUUUCGUUAAAGCAGCAGGCCCCUUGUACAGCAUGGUUCGAUGCCCACGGGGGGCCAGUAUGAAAAAAAAGAUGUAUGCCAUCACUAACUGUAAGUCGCUCUGGAUAAGAGCGUCUGCUAAAUGACUAAAAUGUAAAUGUAAAUGUCAUUGGCAGGAGUCACUACUACCAACAGGGUGAAUGCUGCACCUGGGACUGCGCCUCCAGCCAUGACCUCAGGAAUUGAGAAUGAGGCACCAACUUUGACUGGCAGCAUCCCACAGAAUGGGGAGAACAAGCCACCCCAGGCCAUCGUCAAGCCCCAGGUCCUCACCCACGUCAUCGAGGGCUUUGUCAUCCAGGAGGGAGCUGAACCCUUUCCUGUAAGUGCCUUCUCCCAUGCUACUCCUUAGCAGCUAGGAGUAAACAACAUGCCACUAUCUUGAGUGGUUUCCCACAGGGGCAUGUUCCUAUUAGCAACAAACAAUCAUGCAACCACACUCUCUGUGCUAAGCAAUGACAAAGGGCAAUGCCUUACUAUUGUUUACCUUGGUCAUAAAUUCUAAUAGCCUACUGUAGUCAAAUGUUGUUCCAUACAGAGAUGUCUGUGAAAGAAGGCACACAGAUGUUAAGACCACCAUUAACAGUGUUAUCAUUCUGAGGUGGGGAGUAAAAUGUUGAUAUACACACACUUGAGUGACUGUGCCUAUUUGGCUUAUCAAUUAACAACUCCUUGUUUCCUAGUGGAUGUUUGCUGCACAGGCUUUAUUAUAGCUUAUGGACACAGCAUUGUUAGUUUGCCAUUGUAUUGCUGUCAUAGCUUGGAAAGAUUGCCAUUAAGCCAUCACACUUUGUCUUCCCCAGAUUGAGCGGUUGCCUGUGAUGAUGGACAGCCCAAAGAAGUUGCAUGAGCAGCUCUCCUCUGACCCUGACAAGACUCCUGUUAGUAACCCCACCAACACCACAGACUCGGAGACAGAGGAGCUGACCCCUCAAGGUAAGGGAGGUCAUGUAUGGAGUGAUUGAUGCCAUCCUAUUUGGCAAGCAACCCAAUGAUGGACUUUCUAAAUGCUACAGCUUCAUAACAAUGUAAGAGAUGUUGAUCUUUAAUGGAAUUAUUUUGAUUUGCACACAGAAUUAAAAGACCAAGAGGAUUCAGAUUCCCCCAAACUGAGCUGUGAAUUCUGUGGCUGGGUGGACUUUGCCUACAAAUUCAAGGGGUCAAAGCGGUUUUGUUCCAUGGUGUGUGCGAAAAGGUAAUUCACAUUUGGUGGGCCAUUUCUAAUCAAUCAAAUCUAUUCAUAAAGCCCUUUUUACAUCAGCAGAUGUCACAAAGUGCUUAUACAGAAACCCAGCCUAAAACCCCAAACCGAAAGCAAUGCAGAUAGAUGUAGAAUGUUUAGAUGCUUUGAGUGGGUUAAAUCCCUCAGGGUCAGAGCUCCUCAGUAGUGUUGUCGAGGGAUGGGAGUGGCCAUAACUAUUAUCCUUGUGGAACAGGUAUAAUGUUGGUUGCAGAAAGCGGAUAGGCCUUUUCCAUCCAGAAAGGAGCAAAACAUCCAACCGCUGGCACAGGUCACACAACAGCGGCCACCAGAGUAUCGAGCCUAAGAAGCAGGUAAGAUCCUCCUACUUCUCCACUGACAUCACAGCUCCCCUGUGAACGAACAUGCUCCCCUCAGUGACACCAGAGCUGAUUAUCAUGGUUUUUGUGUUUCAGAAGCUGUCCCCUAUGCCUCAGCAGACCCAGGGGGAUUCAGUGCCCUACCCCCUUCCCUCCCAACCCAGCCAGGAAGACUCCAGCCCCUGCUCUGACAUGUCCAGCUAUGAGGAGCCUCCGUCGCCCCUGUCAGAAGCCAGCUCAGGGCCCCCAGCACCCCAGGCGGUGUCACACAUGGCAGGGAGAGGCUCGGACCAGGAGGCCCCCCGGAGUCGAGAGUUGCCUCUCCUCACUCAGCACUUCCUGCCCAACAACCCCACCAAGUGGAAUGUGGAGGAAGUAUACGAGUUCAUCCGCUCCCUUCCAGGUCAGUCUCAUAAAUACAGUAUUUAGAUAGGCCUACACCAUAACUAUAUUCUUCUGUAGGUAUGAUGUUGUGAUGAUAGUAAGCUUAUUUCCCCUCUGGGGGAUUAAUUCCUCAGUGGAUUGUCUUAUGUAGACAGUGUUCAUGCUUGUCUUUGACAUUAGGUCAUUAUUUAACUGGUUCACUGGCUUGUUGUUCCUAGGCUGCCAGGAGAUAGCAGAUGAGUUCCGCUCUCAGGAGAUAGACGGGCAGGCCAUGCUCCUACUGAAAGAGGACCACCUUAUGAGUGCCAUGAACAUUAAACUGGGACCUGCACUUAAGAUCUACGCAAGCAUCAAUAUACUCAAAGACUCUUAGCCAUGAUGGGUUGAUAUGGUGCUGAUAUGUGUGCAUGUGUGUUUGUUGUAUGUCUGUGUGCGUAUGAGUGCAUGUUAGUCUGUGUUUGGUGGGAAGGAGUCAUACUCUGGGACAAGAUUAAACAUGUCGCCAUCGCACUGAUGACUACCUUAACUCUGCACUACCAUCUUUCAUCCCACCUUUGGAUUGGCUCCUUCAUGGUACAUUUAUUCAUGGCCUGCAGACAGAUGGAUAGAUAGACAACUGUUCAUCCCCUUGGUUGUCAGGAAAAUACUUUAAUGGACUGAUUGCGUUAGAGGAAUGGCACAAAUAGUGCUAAAAGCACUGCAAGGAUAUAUUUGAGCCUGUAGGAAAUGAGAUAUGUGGGUAUAUCUGAAUUACUUUCUCCUGAAGUAUAAUUGUGAAUUUAAUUAUCAUUGACUGCAUACGUGGUAUGUUUAUUUUGGUGCUGAUCUGAUGUUAUUGACAGCCGUACAUGUACAGUAUGUUUGUCAGGGAACAAAUGAAAGCCUGUAAGACAGUCACCAGUUUGAGUCUUAUACAACAGAUGCUAAGCUCCAUUUCAUAAUGAUCACCAACCAUACACAUACACUGCAUGGCAUUUCACUUUGCUCAGAGCAGUUUAAGCUGUUACUUUGUGACAUUGAUUUUGCUUUCAUGUACAAAAUCAAUACUUUCCCUGUACAUUUUGCUGGCUUAGACACACAAUCUUCUUUCCAAAUGUGAUUCACCAAGACAUCAUGCCAUACCUUAUUUAUUCCUGGGUCAGAUUUCACAUCCUGUGAGGUCUUCUUCUAUGACUGUAGGGUUGACCCAUUCUAUCUAUGGGUUGACCACAAGGCUGAAAAGACACACAUCUCAAGGAACUCACUGUGGAUGUUCACCAUCAUACCUCUUUUAUUCCACUAGCACUUAAAAUGAUUGGUGCUCUUCUCCUUAGUUUCAAUUAAUACAACCAAAAUGACUUGAUUGGGUCUGAAAUUAAAACGGUUGGUUUGGUGAGUUGUCAGUUCUGUAUGAAUCUAAAGCUACCUGUAAGGAAUUAACAUGCCUGUAUUUGCUUUUAAGUUAUCCAUAAUGUUUUAUAUGAAAAUGGUUAAGUAUUUUGAAAUAUGCAAACAUGUAAAUAUCAUGGCUUGGGGAAGGUGUCUUUUUAGUGUUAAAAAAAAAAAAAAAAAAUGUCUGCUUGUCGUGAUGAAUGGUCAAUUGUGUUUUUUAAUUAUUUGUUUGAGAUGCUUUGUCAAAUGCCUGUAUUUAUCAAAUAACUGAAUUUGUUACGUAACAUUUUUCAAUGAUAAAUCUGUAACAUAGUCAAAGUUGUAUUUGUUUUAUUCAUUUUGUGUUCAAAUCUAUAUUUGCUUGAGUUUGAUACUAUG